GAAUGUGAUGAUCAUCUUGAUAUCAUUGCUCACUCAGAAAUUGAAAAAAAUUGUUGUACCUUUCGUGAAAAGAAAGUGUGAUCAUCUUUUAUAUGAGUAACUUUUAUUCUGCAAUUGUAUAUAAUAAUCGUUGCAAACAUUUUACUCCAAGUCAAGAUCCAAAGAUUCAAGUCAGCAUUUUGGCGCGCUUUUGUUGUUCUUUAACCUGGUCUUUACACUUUACAUUGUUUAGUUAUAUGAAGUAAUAAAUAAUGGCAGAAGAUAAGGACAAAUCGGUGACAAAAAUACAGCGUACAUUCUCCUUUUACGGACUAAGUAUCACAAAACAAUUGUGUGCUAGUAUUCACAAAUUUCUGCAAAAAAUCGAUCCGGAUGAACGUGAAUCAUGGCUGACCCGUGUUAUAAAAGAUAUAUUUAAACAAAAUCCUGGUACUCCUCAAGUAUCCUUGGAAGCUCUACAGCGAUCCAUUACCGAAUGCCACAAACCAGAAUCAUCAUUACAAGAAACUGAAACCGUAUUCAAUGUUAUUAACGCAUUUGAUAUACCAAAGGUUGCAUGGGACAACGACAAAAAAAAAUUUGUCCUGCAAAAAGUUGUUCCUGAACUGUAUGCAAAUGCUGUGGAAAAAUCUUCGAUAUUCAGAGAUAGACUGGGGCUGCUCUGGCACAGAACUCGCAGGCAAGAGUUAUUUACACCAUUAAGAUUUGGGGAAGACUUUUCUGAAAGAUGGGAACUCACACCGAUAGAGUAUUUGAUGAGUGAAUUGAAAACUGGAAACGUUUUUGUUUUGGGACUACUUUCUCAGUUGACGGAAGGACAAUUCUACCUGGAAGAUACUGGAGGAUCUGUGAAAAUUGAUCUGAAAAAAGCAAGCUUUCAGGCAGGACUUGUAACCGAAGGUUCUAUUGUAAUAGCAAAUGGAAAUUUCGAAGAUGGAGUUUUGAAUGUGAAAGAUAUUGGUUUUCCACCAGCUGAACCUUCGAAGAACACUAGAGCGCUAUUCGGGAAUGAAAAUACUUUUGGUGGUGCACAUCCGACGACGUUGAAAAUUUCUGAAAAAUUGAGAGCUCGCGAGGAGGCGAGAUCAGAAGCGAUGAUUAUAUUCGUUUCAGAAUUUUGGGUUGACGAUAAUCGAGUUUUAGAUAAAUUUGAAACGAUGCUCAAGGGUUUCUCUGAGUUUCCACCUGUCGCUUUUGUCUUGUGUGGCCAUUUCCUCAGCUUUCCACCAAACAUAACAAGCGCUCAAAAACUCAAGGAAGGAUUCUCUAAAGUUGCUGAGAUUAUCCAGAAGUAUCAGGAUAUAAAAGAAAGCUCACAAUUCGUAUUAGUUCCUGGGCCUUACGAUCUUGGCUCACCCAAAAUUUUACCCAGAGGGCCAUUACCCAAAAGUAUUCUUGAGGAUUUGACAAGGAAAAUACCCAAUACAAUUCUAGCCACAAAUCCUUGCCGAAUUCAAUACUGCACGAAAGAAAUCGUCGUAUUCAGAGAGGAUAUGCUCAUGAAACUUUGUAGAAAUACUUUGAAAUUUCCAGACGAAGGAGAAAUUUAUGAACACUACGCUAAAUCGAUUAUUUGCCAAUCGCAUCUGUCACCUCUGUGUUUACCAGUAACACCGGUUUAUUGGAAAUAUGAUCAUACGCUGCAAUUAUUUCCAACACCCGAUCUCAUCGUAGUGGCUGAUAAAUUUCAACCUUACACCACGAGUUACGAAGACUGCCAAGUAGUGAAUCCCGGUACAUUUGUCACCAAUGAUUUCUCCUUCAAAGUUUACGUUCCGUCAACGAAUAUCAUAGAGGAUUCAGCGAUUCCGAAUGAACCUCUUUGAGUUUCGAUGAGCAGGAUUAUAAUAGCGGAUAAAUUUAUAAAAGAGUCACGGUAUGAACAGAAUGAGAACUAAGGGAUUUACAGACUUUGUACAAUAUUUAUUUUUCCGAAUGUAAUAAAAUCUUCGUUUUUUACUUUUACAAUA